AUGUAAUUAACCUGGUUGUUUAACAUGUAAAACUUGGAUGAAUGUACUUCUUGUGAUUAAUCUUCAUCUAAUCAAUAUAAUACUUUAUUAAAUGGUGUUUGCUUAUCAUUAACCCCAUCAACUUCAAAUCCAAUUGUGUGUAAUUAAUAUUGUGAAACAUGCACAAGAACUUUAAAAACUAAUUGUUCAACAUGUGUAUCAGAUUAUCAUCGAUCUUUAUAAAGUAAUUAAUGUUUAUGUUAGAAAGGUUUCUAUGAUGAUGGAAUUAAUUUAUAUUGUCUUCCUAUUUGUGGUGAUCUUUUAAUAGUAGAUGGAGAAGAUUGUGAUGAUGGUAAUUUUAAUCCAUAUGAUGGAUGCAAUAAUUGUAAAAAAAGUUGUGAUGUUUUUUGUAAAGAAUGUUUAUAAGGAUUUUGUUAUGAAUGUUAAGAUGGAUUUUAAAUGAUAAACCAUAAAUGUAUUUAGAUUUGCGAUGAUAAUAUUUCAUAAUGUUCAAUUUAAAUUUCACAAUGCUAUAUUUGCAAUGUUAAUCUGUUGAGCAACAGUGUUAAUUCAAUAAAAGGAAAUCCUAUAACUUCAAUUUAGCUUAAUUAAUGUUAUGAUUCAAAUGUAAUAGCUUGGGAUGAUUGUUUUUAAGGUAAUUUUAAUUGUCCUUAAUUUUGUUUGAGUUGUGUUUAUGGAGAUUGUCUAAAAUAUGAUAAGAGUUCAGGUUAUGGAUUAUUAGACAAAUUGAAUAACAAAUGUACAUCUAUAUGUGGAGAUGGUUUAAAAUCUAUAGAUGAAGAUUGUGAUGAUGGUAAUGAUAUUAAUUAUGAUGGAUGUUUUAAAUGUUUUUAUUCUUGUCAUCUAAAUUGUUAAGAUUGUUUAAACGGUAUUUGUUAAUAAUGUUAAUAUGGAUAUUAUUUAAAUCAAAAAGAUAAUUCAUGUUUUAGUAUUUGUGGGGAUGGAAUUAUUGCUAAUAAUGAAGAAUGCGAUAUUUUAAAUCUGGUAGAUAAUUAUGAAUGUUCUAAUUGUUAAAUAAAAUGUUAAUCAGAAUGUUUAAUUUGUUAUGAAGGACUAUGUUAUUAAUGUAAAGGUAUAGGAUGAAAUUGAUAUAGUAUCUAGAUAAUGUAAAUCUAUUUGUGGAGAUGGAUUAAUUUUUGGAUAGGAAUAAUGUGAUGAUGGUAAUGAUGCUGAUUGAGAUGGAUGUUAUCAAUGUGAAUUUUAAUGUUAAUAAUAAUGUACUUAUUGUUUACUUGGAAUUUGUUAUGAGUGUGAUUCUUAAGGUUGGUAUUUAUAUAAGAACUAUUGUAUUUCAGAAUGUGGAGAUUUAGUGAUUGUAUAAAAUGAAGAUUGCGACGAUGGGAAUUAAUUACAAUAUGAUGGUUGCUUUGAAUGCUAAUUUCAAUGUUAAGUUGAAUGUGCUGAUUGUAAAUAAGGAAUUUGUUAUGAAUGUGGAACUUUAGGUUAUCAUUUAACUAAUGGUUUUUGUCAUUCAAUCUGCGGUGAUGGAAUAGUUGUUUAAUCUUAUGAAGAAUGUGAUGAUGGUAAUUCUUAUAUGUAUGAUGGAUGUUAUUAAUGUUAAUUCUAAUGUUAAGAAAUGUGUACUCAAUGUUAAUUAGGUAUUUGUUAUGAAUGUAAUGAAUUCGGUUGGAUAAUCGAAAAUCACGUAUGUAAACCAUUUUGUGGAGAUGGAAUUAUUAAAGAUUAUGAAUAAUGUGAUGAUAUGAAUAAUUAUAUUAAUGAUGGAUGUCAUUAAUGUUUAUUUUAAUGUGAUUAAUACUGUAUUGAUUGUUUAGAAGGAAUCUGUUAAUAAUGUGAAUUAGGAAGAUAUCUUUUUUAAAAUGUCUGUUAUUCUUAAUGUGGAGAUGGAAAUUAUGUGAAAACAGCUGAAUAUUGCGAUGAUGGUAAUCAAGAAAAUGGUGAUGGUUGUGAUAAAAAUUGCUAAAUAGAAAAUAACUUCACAUGUAAGAGUGUAGAAGGUAGUUAUUCUUAAUGUAUCUAUUCUAAAUAGCCAUAAUUCUAAAUAAUUAUACUCCCAACUUAUUUUGGAGAAUAUUAAGACAUUUAAAUCAAAUUUGAUUAAAAAAUGAAAUAUUUUGAUGCUUAAUCAUCGUCUUUAAUUAUUUCUACCAUAAUUGAUAUGAAUGAUUCUGAUUACGAUAUUAAAGAAUAAAUAAUUAAAUCAGACCCUCAAAAUGAAAUAAGCGAUAUCAUUAUUCAAUUAAGAAUUAAUUUUUAUGCUCCUAUAGAAAGACCCAUAUUGAAAAUCUAAUUUUUGAAUGAUACAUUCGUUUCAAAAUAUAAUUUAACUCUCGAAUAAACAAUUAAAACGAAACAACUCUAAUCUCUUACAGUUUUAAGCUAAUCUUAAAUUAAUGUUGCUUAAAAAGCAGCAACUUAUAAUGAGGCUGUAAUUUAUUUCUUAAUUAGCUUAUCUUUACUUUGUUUAUUAGUAGGUUCUUCAGAAUUAUUUCGAAUUUAAUGGACCAAUUAUAAUACCUUUCAUAUGUCAAAUACAUUAGUAUCUAAUUUCCUCCAAAUCUAAAUAUUUAUUUUGAAGUUUUUAAAAUUAUUACUAUUGAACCAAUUAUUCAAAACAUGGGAAUCAAUAAGAUAUUCAAUCUUAUCUAUCAAGAAGAAUUUUAUUAAAUUCCAAAUGAUGGAAAAAUUUUAAAUGAUGGAAUAAAUGUUAAUUUCUUGGAAAACUUUAAAAGUUUCUUAUUUUGUCUAAUUAUUGCUUAUAUGGCUUACUAUUUUUAUAAAACUGCACAUUUAAUUUUAUCUAAAUUCUAAUCCUAAUUAUUAUCCAAACUGAACUUAACACUCACUAAAAUUUAUUAUUCAAUUAGAUAAAAAUGUUUGUUAUAGUCGAAAGAUUUUUUCUAUAAUGCUAUCUUGAGGGUCUUCAUGUCAAAUGCAUAUGAUAUAUCAUUUGCUAUGACUGUCUAAAUUGCUUAUUUCUCAAACAAUACUUUAAGGGAAUCUAUAACUUCAUAUUUUUCAUUUGUUAUUUUCAUAUCAUAUAUCGGCACUUCUAUUUACUUUUAUUAUAUUCUGCAAAAAUUUUCAACUUCAAAUACAUUUAAAGUGAAACAAAAAUAUGCAGCUUUAUUUGAAGGAGUUAAAAAUCCCAAAAAUACUUGGAUAGCAUAAUACAAUGCAAUAUUAUUAAUUAAAAAAUUUGUUUUUAUUAGCCUAAUUGUUUUUCUGUAAAAAGAAGGCAAACUUUAAUCUUUGCUUAUUGCCACAAAUUAAACUUUAUUUCUAUUAUAUUUUAUGGUAAAUAAACCUUUGAAUAGUUAUCAUGAGUACUAAAAAAUUAUUAUUACAGAGUCUAUUAUUAUUGUUAACACAAUCACAUUUAUCCUUUAUGACUAUAUCACAGAUAUAGGAUUGUCUUAAAAUAUUCGAAUUAUUAUUGGUUGGAUACAUAUAUUCACGUUUUCAACAAUCCUUUCAAUAUCAUUAAUAAUUGACAUUUUUUACGAAUCCUAAUUCUGA